AUGUUGAAUAGUAAGAGAGCGCGUUGGAUGUUCUAAACAAUAGCUGAUUCAUUUCGGUUGAAGGAUGGAAAUGUGGUUUAGGUGGUUUAGGUGAGUUAUGAAGUCUUAUUUGUUAGGAUCUCUUAAAAGAUAAGUCUAGACUUGAGAAAUUCUUAGAAGGAGAGGGUCCAAACAAGAUAAUUAUCUACUAUCAGAUAUAGGAUAACUAAUAAACUGAUGAUAUGAAGGAAAAUCAAAAUGAGCCAUCACUUUUUAUUUAAUAUGGAGAUUAAGAAAAAAUCAAAGAGAAAGCCAUAUGGUUUUUAAGAAUGUAAGUACCUACAUGCAUUUUUUUAUCUAUCAUCUUCCUUAUAUUUAAAAAUUAAAUCUUUAUGAAUUAUUUUAUAGGACUCCAGAAGGCAAGACAGCUGUAAAUCUUAAUGAGACAUACGAUAACUAAGUCAUUUGGGGAGAAGUUUCACCUUCAUCAAUUUCUCAAUUGCAUACAGUAAUGGAAAAUGUGUAUUACCCAUUAAUAAUAAAUAUGAUGGAUGAGCGGGAAUGGGGACAAUGUGAUGAAGAGUCAUUAAAGGAAUUCCAUAAUCAUACAAAGAAAUUUUCUUAGGAAGUAUCAGAAGCAGUGAAAUUAAUGAGACCAGGAUAAGAAUUAUUCAAAUUUGAUCCUGAAGAAGUGUAAAAAUAUGCUAAUUCAAAUAAUGAAUAAGAAAAAAAUUAAUUUUAUGAAAGAAAGUUUGCUUAAUGGAUUGCAAUCAUUAAUAAUAAAUUGGCAGAGGAUUAAAAUCCAAAGAAGGACAGUCCAGAUGCAGGUCCAGAAGUAGAAUUGAAUUAUUGGAAAACAAGAAUGUAAGAAAUUACUAAUUGGUCUGAAUAAUUAAAAGGCAAAGACUUUGUAACUGUAAAGACAACACUAUAGAGAAAUAAAUAACAUGAUAAAUCAACUAAUAGAGGAGAAGAGAAUAUUAAUAAACUUAUUAUGGAAUAUAGUAGACUUGAUCUUUUGUUAACUGACAAAUUAAAUGAAGCUAAGGAUAAUGUGAAAUAUCUAUCAACAUUGGAAAAGUUCCUUGAUCCAUUGUAUAAAGGAACUCCAUAAUAAAUUAUAGACACAUUACCAGCACUUAUGAAUGCCAUUAAGAUGAUUCAUACAAUUGCUAGAUUUUAUAAUACAAAUGAUAAAAUGACUGGUUUAUUUGUUAAAAUUACAAAUUAAAUGAUUAAGAAUUGUAAGGAGAGAAUUUUAAAUGGAGGAAAGAAUUAAGAUAUUUGGAAUAGAGAUCCAUCUGAAUUAAAUGAAGUGUUGAGAUAAUGUAUUUAACUCAAUAGAGAAUAUAAAGAUAGUUAUAAAGAAACAAAAGAAAAGGUUGCUGAUAUGCCAAAAGGUAAAACAUUUGAUUUUCCAGAAACAUAAAUAUUUGGUAAAUUUGAUACUUUUGUCAGAAGAUUAGUUAAAUUAAUAGAUAUAUUUUAAAAUAUCUAAUAAUUUUAGGCUUUGGCUAAACAUAAUUUAGAAGGUAUGGAAUAAUUGACUGCUAAAUUCAAUUAAAUUAUUAAAGAUUUCAAAGCAAAAAAUCAUGAUUUAUUAGAUACAAAUAGUAAUAAAUUUGAUAGAGAUUGGGUUGAAUUCAAUGUAGAAAUAUCCCAUUUAGAUAUGUAAUUACAAUCAUUUAUUGAUAAUAAUUUCAAUAGAUUAAGAACUAUUGAAUAUUCACUUAAAUUAUUGAAGAAAUUUGAAUAAACAAUUAAGAGAGAUUAAUUAAAAAAUUCAUUAGUAUCUAAAUAUAAUACAAUAUUACAUAAUUAUGCAACAGAAUUAGAUAAAAUUUAACGUAUCUUUACUGAUUAAAAAUCCAGUCCUCCUAUUGUUAGAAAUAUACCACCUGAAGCUGGUAAAAUUAUUUGGGCAAGACAUUUAUUUUUAAAAAUUACAGGACCUAUUACAAAAUUCCCUGAAAAUGCAAUAGAUUAAGGAGAAUUAAAGAAAUAUUAUGGUGGAUAUAAUACUUUAGGUAAAUAAUUGACAAUCUAUGAAAUGUGGUAUUAUUAAAAUUGGUCAAAUGAAAUUGAAAGAAGUAAGGCUGCAUUAUAAGCUACUUUGAUUGUAAGACAUGAUGAAAAUAAAAAAUUAUAUGUAAAUUUUGAUGUAGAAAUAAUGCAAUUAAUUAGAGAAGCUAAAGUAUUAGAUAGAUAAGGAAUUGAAAUACCUGAAAGUGCAAGAAUUAUUUUAUUAUAAGAAGAUAAAUUUAAAAUGUAUUAUAAUGAAUUACUUUAUGUAUUAAAAGAAUAUGAAAGAAUUAUUUCAAAAAUAAAACCAAUAUGUAAAACAUUAAUAGGUCCACAUGUUGAAGAUUUAGAAUUGAAAUUAAGACCUGGUAUGGUUACAUUAACAUGGACAUCAAUGAAUAUUGAUAGUUAUUUAUAAAGUGUACAUGCAGGAUUAAAUAAAUUGGAAUAAUUAAUUAUAACAAUAAAUGAUAUUAUUGAAAAUAGAAUUGAAAACAAUUUGAAAAAUAUUAGUAAAGUAUUAUUGGUACAUUUACCAUAAGAGAGUAAACCUUUAACAUUAGAUUAAUUUGUUAAUUUAUAAGAAGAAUAUAUUAAGACUAAAACAGAUUAUUUGAUGAGUAAGAAUGUAGAAGUAGAAAGAGCAGUAGAUGAUUUACUUUAAGUUAUAAGAGAAUAUAAAUUAGAUCCACAUGUUGAUUAUGCUGAUCCUACAGAAACUAUUAGAAUAAAGAGAUAUUAUUUCUGGUAUUUAUAUUAAGCAUUACUUAAUUCAACUUAAAAUUCCCUUAAUGCUAUGAAAUAUAGAGUAUGUGGUAAGAAAGGACCAGGAUAAUCAAGUACUUAAAAUUUAAAGCCAUUUUUUGAAGUAGAUGUUUAAUUAUACAAUAAUUAAGUAAGAUUGAAUCCAAGUUUGGAUGAAAUAUAGAAAGCUAUUAAUAGAGCAGCAACUGCAGUAUUAAGAUGUUCUAAGAAUCUUUAUAGUUGGAAUCUCUAGUAAAAAGAAAGUAAAGGAUCAUUUUAUGAAAUGAUUGCAUAAGAUAAGGAAAUUGUAAAAGUUAUAUUAUUAUUAACUGGUUCAAUAUAAGGAACAAGAAAUAAGGUUCAUGAUUUCUUAUCAUCAUUUAAAAAGUUUUCAUGGUUAUGGACUGAGAAUAUUUAAGAUAACAUUAAUAGUUUUAGUAAAAAGAAUCCAACUUUAUAAGAUUAUGAAGAUGCUUUAAAGAAAUUUACAUCAAUUGAAGAAGAAAUUGAUAAAAUUGAAGCUUCACAUAAAAUUGGAGCUAUGGAAUUAAAGACAGGAAAUUUAUGUACAGGAUUGAAAGUACAUGCAAAAGAUUGGAAAAAUUUCUAUUGUUAAGAUCUUCAUAAAAGAGCUAGAUAAUUAUUAGAUUAAUUGACAGAUUUAACAAACUAAUAUUCAACAAAAUUAUCAAAAGAAGUUAAAGAUAUUGAUUCUUUAGGAUAUGUUAUGGAAUGUUUAGAAGAUAUUCGUAAGAUUUAAGCAGAAAUUGAUUUGAAAUUUAAUCCAGUAUAAGAUAUGUAUGCUCUAUUAGAUAUAUAUUUACCAGGUGGUAUUUCUGAUAAAGAUGAAAUGGAUUAAAGAUCUAUGUUGAGAAGAAAUUGGGAUUAAUUAAUUAGUUAAGCUGAAAUUAAAGGAAAAGAAUUAUAAUAAAAAUAAAAGAAUUAUCUUAAAUAAUUGAAAAAAUCAAUUAAGGAAUUUAUUUAAGAAGUUAAUGAUUUCCGUAAGGAUUAUGAAUUGAAUGGACCUAUGGUUGAAAAUAUAGCACCAAAAGAAGCUAUGGAAAGAUUACGUAGAUUUGAAGAUGAAUUUUCAGUUAAAUAGAAAUUUUAUUAAAUUAAUAGAAAAGGUGAAGAUUUGUUUGGUUUAUAAAAUUAAUCAUAUCCAGCUCUUAAAAAGACUUAAGAUGAAUUAGCUAAUUUAAAGAAAUUAUAUUCAUUAUUUUCAGAUGUUAUUGAUACAAUUAAUAAAUGGAAAGAAGAAUCUUGGGCUGAUGUUUCAGUAGAAUCAUUAAAUUUAAUGGAAGAAAAUUUCACAAAAUAUACUGCAUAAUGUGGUACAUUACCAAGAGAUUUAAGAGAAUGGUAAGCAUAUAAAGAAUUGAAAUUAGAAUUAGAUAAUUUAAAUAAGAUUUUACCUAUUAUUAAAGAAUUAAAGAAACCAUCCAUUAAACCUAGACAUUGGUUAAAAAUUGUAGAAACAACAGGAAAAUAAUUAAAUUAUGAAAAUCCUGAUAAUUUCUUUAUUUCUGAUAUCAUUAAUUGUGAAUUAUUAGCUCAUGAAGAUGAUAUUGUAGAUAUUACAGAUUCUGCAGAUAAAUAAAUUAAAAUUGAAACAAGUUUAAAAGAUAUUGUUGAUAGAUGGUCAACAUAAGAAUUUAAAUUCUCUAUUUGGGGAAAAAGAGAAGUACCAUGUAUGCUUAAUGGUUUGAGUGUUUAAGAAAUUACAGAAACAUUAGAAGAGGAUUAAAUGACAUUAUCUUCAUUAAAUGCUUAAAGAUAUGUAGCACCAUUUAAAGUAGAAGUUGAAAUCAAAAUUAGAGAAUUUUCAGAUGUAUCAGAAACAUUAGAUAUGUGGAUUAAAGUAUAAAAAUUAUGGACAGCAUUAGAACCAGUAUUUACAGGUGGUGAUAUUGCUAGAUAAAUGCCAUUAUAAGCUAAAUAAUUUGCAGCUAUUGAUAAAAAUUGGAUGAAAAUUAUGGAAAAGGCUUUUGAAAGUAAAAAAGUUAUUAUCAGUUGUUAAAAUGAUAUGUUAAAAGACUUUUUACCAGAUUUAUAAAAGAAAUUAGAAGAUUGUUAAAAGAUGUUGGAAGCCUAUUUAGAAGGUAAAAGAAAGAAGUUUCCAAGAUUUUAUUUUGUGGCUAAUUAAGAUUUAUUGAAGAUUUUAUCAUAAGGAAGUGAUCCAAAAAGUAUUCAAGAAGAUUUUGAAAAAUUGUUUGAUGCUAUUACUAAAGUUACAUUUGGAAAGAAUACAGAAAAGAAAGGAUCAACAGAAUUAGUAAUUUAAUAAAUUAUGUAAAGUGCAGGAAAAGAUGAAGAAAUUGUAGAUUUAAAUUAAAAUGUUAAAUGUGAAGGUAAUAUUGAAGGUUGGUUAAAGACUUUAGAAUUAUAAAUGUAAUCUACAUUAAGAGAUAUUACAAGAACAGCAUGUAGUGCUUGUUUCACUAUGUCAUUAAAAGAUUUCUGUAAGGCUUAUUGUUCUUAAAUUGCCUUAUUGGGUAUUUAAGUUAUUUGGACUUAAAAAAUUACAGAAGCAUUAGAAAAGACUGGAAGAUAAGAAAAUAAAAAUAUUAUGGAAGCAAAAAGAGCAGAAAUUAGAGAUAUGAUGGCUGUAUUAUCAGCUAUGUGUUUGGAAGGAUAUAAAAGUAAUUUAGAAAGAACAAGAGUUGAAACUUUGGUUACAAUUCAUGUCCAUUAAAGAGAUAUUGCUUAAGAAUUAAAAUGUAAAGAUAUAAAUGAUUUUGAUUGGUAAAAGUAAACACGUCUUUAUUGGAAAUAAGAUUAAGAUUAAGAUACUUGUGUUAUUUCAAUUACAGAUUGGGAUUAAGGUUAUGCUUAUGAAUUCUUGGGAUCAAAAGAAAGAUUGUGUAUUACUCCUUUGACAGAUAGAUGUUAUAUUACAUUGGCUUAAGCUAUGUCUAUGUAUUAUGGUGGUGCACCUGCAGGACCAGCUGGUACUGGUAAAACUGAAACUGUUAAAGAUUUGGGAAGAACAUUGGGAGUUUUUGUCGUUGUUACAAAUUGUUCAGAUCAACAUAGAUAUAGAGAUAUGGCUAAGAUUUUUAAAGGAUUAUGUUAAUCAGGAUUGUGGGGAUGUUUCGAUGAAUUUAAUAGAAUUGAUUUAGAAGUACUUUCAGUCGUGGCUAUGUAAGUAGAAGCCAUUACAACAGCAAAGAAAUAACAUCUAAAAGAAUUUAUGUUCCCAGAAGAAGCUGCUCCAAUUGAAUUAUAAUAAUAAGUUGGAUACUUUAUUACAAUGAAUCCAGGAUAUGCAGGUAGAUAAGAAUUACCAGAAAACUUGAAAGCCUUAUUUAGAGGAGUAUCUAUGAUGGUUCCAGAUAGAGAAAUUAUUAUUAAAGUCAAGUUGGCUUCUGUUGGUUAUAAUUCAAUUGAUGCUUUAGCCAAAAAAUUCAAUGUGUUAUAUCGUUUAUGUGAAGAAUAACUUUCAAAAUAAAGACAUUAUGAUUUUGGAUUACGUAAUAUCUUAUCAGUGUUAAGAACAGCUGGUAAUACUAAAAGAGAAGAACUCAAAUCUGAUGAAGAAAUGCUUUUAAUGAGAUCUUUAAGAGAUAUGAAUUUGAGUAAGUUAGUAGCUGAUGAUAUUGCUUUAUUCAAUGGAUUAUUACAAGAUAUCUUCCCUAAAUAAAGUGAUAUCAAAAAGAAGGAAUAUCCAGAUGUUGAGAAAAUGAUUCCAUAAGUUAUUUAAAGAAAAGGAGGUUUAAUUAAUAAUGAUAAAUUCUAAUUGAAGAUCAUUUAAUUAUAUGAAACAGCUUUAGUCAGACAUGGUUUUAUGUUAGUAGGACCAUCAGGCAGUGGUAAGACAACAAUUAUGUCUGUUUUGACAGAUUCAUUAACAGAUUUAGGUCUUCCACAUAGAAUUACAAGACUUAAUCCUAAAGCAAUUACAGCAUAAGAAAUGUAUGGUGUAAAGAGUGAAAUCUCAGAUGAUUGGAUUCCAGGUAUAUUCAGUACAAUUUGGUAGAAAUCAAAUAGUAGAAAUAACAAACAUACAACUUGGAUUACUUGUGAUGGUCCAGUAGAUGCAAUUUGGAUUGAAAAUUUGAAUACAGUGUUGGAUGACAAUAAAAUUCUUACAUUAGCUAAUGGUUAACGUAUUCCAAUGACAGAAAAUUGUAAAUUAGUAUUUGAAGUUGAAAAUCUCAAUAAUGCUUCACCAGCAACAGUUAGUAGAUGUGGAUAAGUUUAUAUAUCACCAACAGAUUUAGGAUAUGAACCAGUUUGGAAAGGAUGGAUAUUAUAAAGAAAAUUAGAUGCAAGAGUAGAUGAAUCAGAGAAAUUGAAUGUUCUACUCAAUAAAUAUUUUAAUACUUAUCUUAUUUUAGAAACAAUUGAUAAAACAUGUAAGAAUCCUGUUAUGGAUAUAUCACAUGUACUUAAAGUUUAUCAAACAUUAAAUCUACUUAAUGGUAUUUUGAGACCAUUAGUUAAUGCUAAUAAAACAUUAACUGAAUAAGAUUAUGAAAAAGUAGUAGUCUUUGCCAUGACUUGGGGUGUUGGUGGAAUCUAUGAAGUACAAGAUAGAAUAUUAUUCCAUGAAUUCUUAGCUUAAAAAGGUGCACCCAUUCCAUAUAAAGCUAAAGAUGGUGAAACAGUCUUUGAUUACUAUAUCUAUUUAGAUGAAAGAGGUACUUGUGAAUGGAAACUCAUAUAACCAGAAGAAUGGAAAGCUCCAGAUAAAUUUUAAUUUUCUCAAUUACUCAUGCCUACUGUAGAUUCAUUUAGAGCUGAGAUGAUCUUAUCAUACAUUCUUAAUCAACCAAAAGCUUCACCAUAACCACCUGUUAGUUGCAGUUAUGUUGUUUUAGUUGGAGGUAGUGGUACAGCCAAAACAUCAAGUGUUCUUAUGUAUGCCAACAAAUUUAAUAAAGAAAAAAUGUUGUUCAAGAGAAUAAACUUUUCAUCUGCUACAUUACCUAGUCAUUUCUAAGCUGCUAUUGAAGCUGAAUGUGAUUUCAAAAUAGGUAAAGAUUUUGCACCUCCUUAAAAUAAAAAUAUGACAGUAUUCAUUGAUGAUCUUUCUAUGCCUUUUGUUAAUAAGUGGGGAGAUUAAGUCACCUUGGAAAUAGUUAGAUAAUUAAUUGAUUAGGGUGGAUUCUAUAUGUUAGAUAAAGCAUAAAGAGGUAAUUUCAGAGGUAUCAAAAAUCUUACAUACAUUGGAGCUAUGUAACAUCCUGGAGGUGGUAGAAAUGAUAUUCCUAACAGAUUAAAAAGAUAAGCAGUAGUUUUCAAUAUGAUUUUACCACUCUCAGUUGAAGGUAUUUAUGGACCCAUCAUCAAACAUUAAUUUAAGGCUAAAUAUUUCUAACCUGAUGUUGUUAGAGCUAUUGAUACCUUAACUGGUGCUACCAUUUAAAUUUGGAAUAAAGUCAAAGUCACUAUGUUACCAACACCUGCUAAAUUCCAUUAUGUGUUCAACAUGAGAGAUUUAUCUCGUGUAUUUAAGGGUAUAUUGUCAGUAAGAAAGGAAACAAUUAAUACUGCUGCUUAAGUUGGACCAAUGAAAUCUGAUGUAUUUUUAGUAGGAUUAUGGAUGCAUGAAUGUGAAAGAGUCUUUGUUGAUAAAAUGACAAAUCAAAAGGAUAAGGAUCAAGUUUGUAAUUACAUAAAAGAAAUUGCUUUGGAUCUCUAUAAUCAUUUAGAUAGUGAAAUUUAAGAUAAAUUCAGUAAAGAAAAGUUAUUCUUAAUGUGUGAUUUCUUGAAGGAAGAUGUAAAAAAUGAAGAUGGAUUAGUUGAAGUUGAAGCUGAAAAGAUUUAUGAGGGAGUGAAUUCUAUUGAUAGAUUAAGAUUAAGAUGUAAUAAUCUCUUACAAGAUUAUAAUGAUAAAUAUCCAGCAAAGAAAAUGAGUUUAGUGCUAUUUGAUGAUGCUAUCAAACAUUUAUUACGUAUUUCAAGAUUGAUUAAAUAACCAAGAUCAAAUGCAUUAUUAGUAGGAGUUGGUGGUUCAGGUAAAUAAUCUUUGACAAGAUUGGCUGCUGAUAUCUUGAAGAAUGUUUGUUAUUAAAUUAUAUUGACUAAAAAUUUCAGUGAGAAAGAUUUGAAGGAAGAAAUUAAGAAAUUAUUUGAUUGGGCUGGUCAUCUUGGUAGAUAGGUUACAUUUAUAUUGACAGAUAGUGAAGUUAAGAAGGAAGAAUUCUUAGAAUAUAUCAAUAUGAUCUUAUCAACAGGAGAAGUUGCUGGUUUAUUGGCUAAAGAUGAAAAAGAAGUUUGGUUAGCAGAUGUUAGAAAUGAUUAUGUAAAAGAGAAAUAAUUGGGUAAUAUUGAUCCUCCAUAGAGUGAUUUAUAUGCCUAUUUAGUUGAUAGAAUAAGAGAUAAUUUACAUAUUAUUUUAUGCUUCUCACCAGUAGGUUAGAAAUUCAGAGAUAGAUCUCGUAAAUUCCCAGCAUUAUUCAAUGAAUGUACAAUUGAUUGGUUCUUACCAUGGCCUGAAGCUGCUUUGGUUAGUGUGGCUGAAACAUUCAUCAAGAAUUUCAAAGAAUUAGAUACUACAAAUGAUAUCAAGGAAGAAUUAAUGAAACAUAUGGGUAAUGUUCAUAUUAUGGUUAAUUCUGUUUGUGAACUUUAUUUCUAAAAGAUGAGAAGAUAAGUAUAUGUUACACCAAAGAGUUAUCUUUCUUAUCUCAAUUCAUAUAAAGAAUUGUAUUUGAAAAAAUAUGCUGAAUUAGAUUUACAAGAAAAUUCAUAUAAAAUUGGUUUGAGUAAGAUUAAUGAGGCAGCUAAAUAAAUAGAGAAGAUGGGUGUGGCUUUGAGAGAGGAAGAAGCUUAAUUAAAGGAAGCAUCAGAAAAGACUGAAAAAUUAUUAGAAGAUUUGGAAAAGGAAAGUAAAAAAGCUAAUUAAAAGAAUGAUGAAGUUGAAGCAACUACUGCUUAAUGUAUGAAAUAAGCAUAAAUGAUUGCAAGUGAGAAAUAAGCUGCAGAGAAAGAUUUGGCUGCUGCUAUGCCUGCUCUUAUUAGAGCAUAAGAAGCUGUUGAUUCAUUGGAUAAGAAAGAUAUUGAUGAAAUGAAGGCUAUGAAAACUUUAAUGGAUAUUAUGAAAGCAAUUAUAGAUUCUAUUGUAAUUUAUUUUAUGGGUAAAUUAUUACCAGUUCAAUCAGUUACUGUUAAGAUUAGUAAAAUUGAUUUUUCAUUUUUGAAGGAUUCAUUUGAUGAAGGUGGUAAAUCAGUUCUUUUUGAUAUGAACUUUUUAAAUAAAUUAAAGGGAUUUGAAAAAGAUGGUAUUAAUGAAGAAACUAUAGAAUUAUUGUAACCAUACAUGUCAUAAGAAUGGUUCAGUGAAGAAAAAGCUUAGAGUGCUUCAAAGGCUGCUUAAGGUCUAUUGAAAUGGGUUAAGGCUAUUUAUGAAUAUCAUGAGAAAUCAAAGAUUGUUAAACCAAAGAAAGUUUAUUUGUAAAUAUAAGAAGGUCGUCUUGAAGUUGCAAGAAAGGAAUUGGCAAAAGCUGAAAGAGAUUUAAAUGAAAUUAAGGAAUAUUUAGCUAAACUUAAAGAGACAUUCAAUAAAUAAAUGGAAGAGAAAUCAUUCUUGGAACAAAAAUCGAAUAAAACUAAAAAGAGAAUUACUACAGCCAGAUAAUUGAUUGAAUCACUUUCAGAUGAAAAGGCUAGAUGGGGAUAAGGAGCUACAGAAAUAGCUGAUCAAAAGCGUAAAUUAAUUGGUAAUUGUUCAUUGGCUACAUCAUUUAUUUCUUAUUGUGGUCCAUUCAAUGCAGAAUAUAGAUAAUUAUUGGCAGGUGAUUAUUUUGUAAAUGAUUAAAAGAGAAGAGGUGUUCCUGUUACACCAGGAUUGAAUUUGACAUAGUUUUUAGUAGAUGAUGCUACAGUAGGAGAAUGGAAUUUAUAAGGAUUACCUAAAGAUGAAUUAUCAAUUCAAAAUGGUAUUAUGGUUACUAAUUCAACAAGAUAUCCUUUAUUAAUUGAUCCAUAAGGAUAAGGUAACUUUUGGAUCAGAUAAAAGUUUGCUGAUAAAAUUGAACCAUUUAGAUGUAUUACAACAUUGAAUCAUCCUAAAUUCAAAGAUAAUUUCUUAAAACCUUGUAUGUAAGAUGGAUUAUGUUUGAUUAUUGAGAAUAUUGAAAAUGAAGUAGAUCCAAUGUUGGAUCCAGUUCUUGAAAAAUAAAUCUAAGUAAAGGCUAAGAAAAAUAAAUAUAUUGAAGUAGGAGGUACUUAGAUGGACUUUGAUGAUGGAUUUAAAUUAUUUAUGUUUUGUAGAUUAGCUAAUCCUACCUUUUCUCCUGAAUUAUCAGCUAAAACAACUAUUAUAGACUUUACAGUUACUUAAGGUGGUUUAGAAUAAUAAUUAUUGGGUAAAGUUAUCAGUAAAGAAUAAAAAGCUUUGGAAGAUUCUCUAAAUUAAUUAUUAGCAGAUGUCAAUUAAAAUAAGAAGGAUUUAUAAAGAUUAGAUAAGAAUUUAUUAGAAAGAUUGACUUAAUCUUCUGGUAAUUUAUUAGAAGAUGAGGGUCUUAUUGAAGUGUUAGGAAGUACUAAGACUUAAGCCAAAGAAGUUUCAGUGAAAUUAUUGGAUGCUGAAGUAAAGACAAGAGAAAUUAAUGAAAAGAGAGAAUAAUAUAGACCUGUUGCAAUUAGAGGUUCAGCUUUAUAUUUCACAAUUUUGGAAGUGUCAUUAAUAAAUUGGAUGUAUAAUUCAUCUUUGGAAUAAUUCUUAAAAUUAUUCAAUGAUUCUAUUGAUCAAUCUGAAAGAAAUACAUUACCAUCUAAAAGAGUAGAUAAUAUCAUAAAAUAUCUUACCUUCCAUGUUUAUAAAUAUGUUAAUAGAGGUCUAUUUGAAAAGGAUAAGAUUUCAUUUAUUUUAAUGAUGUGUUUCAAAGUUAAAUAAACAGAUAAAAAAAUAAAUGCUGGAGAUGUAUCUUAAUUCUUAAAGAGUGGUGCUGCAUUGGAUCCAAAAACUGAAAAAUAAAAACCAUUCUAAUUCUUAGAUGAGAAAUAAUGGUUAAAUAUAUUAGCAUUAUCUCGACAUCAUUUCAAUGGAGAUCAAAUGGCCUUCUUUAGAGAUUUACCAGAAUCUAUUUCUAGAAAUGAAUAAUAAUGGAGAUAAUGGAAUGAUAGAAAUGAUCCAGAAAAUUCACCAAUACCAGACUUUGCUGAACGUAUUGCUGCUGAUAAAGAAAUUGGUCCAUUUAUCUCUUUAUGUUUAGUACGUUCACUUAAAGAAGAUAGAACAUUAGUUGCUGCUACUCACUUUAUUAAUGCAACUCUAGGUAAAGAAUUUACUGCACCUAUUUCAUAUCCUAUUGAUUCUAUUUGGGCAGAAAGUUCAAAAACUGAUCCAGUAUUAUUCUUAUUAUCUGCUGGUGCUGAUCCUACUUCAUCUAUUGAUGAUCUCUCAAGAAAGAAGAGAAAAGUAUUUUGUGAAAAAGUAUCUAUGGGAGAAGGUCAAGAAGAAGCUGCAAGAAGAGUCAUUAAAAAUGGUUUUGAAACUGGUAUGUGGGUUAUUCUAUAAAAUUGUCAUUUGGGUCUUAAAUUUAUGGAAGAAAUUGAAACAAUUGUUAAUCCAGAGGCAACCAUUAAUGAUGAUUUCAGAUUAUGGAUUACUUGUGAAUAACAUCCUAGAUUCCCAUUGGGUCUAUUAUAAAAGACUAUUAAAGUUACAAAUGAACCACCAAAGGGAUUGAAAGCUGGUUUAUAUAAGACCUUUACUACAAUUAUUACUUAAGAAUUCUUAGAAAAAGUUGAACAUCCAAAUUGGAGAAGUCUUAUCUAUACAAUUUGUUUCUUACAUUCAAUUGUUAUUGAAAGACGUAAAUUUGGUCCUCUUGGAUGGUGUGUUCCAUAUGAAUUUAAUAAUCCAGAUCUUGAAGCAUCUCUUGCAUUUAUUGAAAAAUAUUUGAAUUCAUUCCUUAGUGGACCUCCUUCAUAAUCACCUAAUUUGAAUUUAAAUAUGAAUGUUAUUAGAUACAUGAUUUGUGAAGUAUAAUAUGGUGGUCGUAUUACUGAUGAUUUGGAUAGAGAAUUAUUUAAUGCAUAUGGUGAAGAUUACUUAAAAGAAGCAAUCUUUGGAAAUGAAUAUGUUAUAGCUGAAGCACCAUUUGAUGCAGGAGGUGGUACUAAACCAACUAAAUUCUAAUAUAAAAUACCUGCCACAACUUAAAUGCCAGAAUUAAUUAAAUAUCAUGAUGUCAUUAAGUAAUUACCUGAUAUUGAUAAUCCUGAAGUAUUUGGAUUACAUGUUAAUGCUGAUAUUACAUUUAGAAAGAAAGAAUCCACUGAAAUGAUUAUUACAAUUAUGGAUACUAGACCAAAGGAUUCUGGCGGUGGCGGUGGAAAAACAAGAGAAGAAAUAGUCUAGGAUAAAGCUAGAGAGUUAUUAUCCAAAUUACCAUCAGAUUAUGUUGAUUUAGAAGUUAGAGAAUAAGUUCGUAAAUUAGCAGGUCCAAAGAAUUUACCAGAUAAGGGAUUGACUGUGCCACUUAAUAUUUUCUUAUAUCAAGAAAUACAAAGAAUGCAAAUUGUUAUUGCUAUUUGUAGAAAAACAUUGUCAGAUGUUAUUGAUGCUAUAGAUGGUCAGAUUAUUAUGACUCCAGAUAUUUUAGAUGCCAUUAAUUCUAUGUAUGAUGCUAAAGUUCCUUUAACUUGGGUUUAUGAUGCAACAGGAGUAGAAAUUUCAUGGAUCUUGCCCACUCUUGGAGCAUGGUUCAGUUCAUUAAUAGAUCGUAAUAAAUAAUUAAAUGAUUGGUUAAAGAGCAACAGACCUAAUCACUUUUGGCUUGGUGGUUUCUUCAAUCCUCAAGGUUUCUUGACUGCUGUCAAAUAAGAAGUCACUCGUAUGCAUAAAGGUAAACCAGGAGACAAAGAUGCCUGGUCUUUGGAUGAUGUUGUAUAAUCAACUUAAGUUAAAGAAAGAGAAUAUGAAUAAAUUAGAGAUAUUCAAUCAGAAGGUGUUUAUGUGAGUGGAUUAUCUCUUGAAGGAUGUAAAUGGAGUAGAAAUGGACUUGAUGAAUCAGAACCAAAGAAGAUGUUUGCUCCUUUGCCUAUCCUUUAUGUCACUGCUAUUAAUAAGAAGAAGGGUGCUGAUGCUGAAAAGAAUUCCUCAACUUACAGUUGCCCUGUUUAUAAGGUAUUAUUUUAUUUUAUUCAUUUUAGUAUCCAAGAAGAACUGAUAAAUAUCUCAUUUGUAGAGUUGGAUUGCCUUGUGAAGGUACAGGUGCUCAUAAAUGGAAGUUAAGAGGAGUAGCACUUUUAUGUUCAACUGAAUGAG